AUGAGAUCCUUGACAGUCCAAAGAUUCCUUCUCAUUUUCAGUUUCAUUUCACUGUUAUUCACACCAAUUCAAGGGUUCAAUGAAUUGAAUUUGCUCGAAGGGAGAAAUGGCGGCGGAGAAGUUAGCACCAGCCUCUUUGAAGAUAUAAUGUGUGCCUUCAAUCCUUCGUUCAGCGAGUUUCGCCAUUGCAACUCCAAUGGCCUGGGAGACAUUAUUGUGAAUCGAUUUUUCAACCCCAAUUCCAAUGUGGACGAAGAUGUGAGUGGCAAUGGUGGUCAACGCAAGCUUCGGGGGGCACAAUGA